AUGGACCGACGUCCAUCGUAUCUCGCCUUGCCUGCUGCUUGUCUUUUGAACGCUCGUUGGCUACGAUCAUCCAUGAGAAUAGACACUUUAAAACGCCGAGAGAGAUGCCUACGGUUAUACUUGAGCAACUUUUCAAUAAGGUCGACAUGGGUGAGAACCAUUCUCCUGCAGCAAUAUCGUUCCAGUCCCAACUCGUUUGCUCCCGCCGCGCUUGUCUGGUGUCACCUCUCGUUACGAACAGCGAGCGGAACCCCGUACCUACCAUUCAGAAAUACGAAGAAGAUAAGGAAAAGCAGGAACAACAACUCGAAAAUGAGAUCAAGGAGGAAGCUCCCGACAGUCACGAAGUAGAGGAAGAGGACGAGGAUAAGAACUUGACCCAAGGGCAAAAGGAGAAGAAGGAAAUGAUGGCAAAGAUGAAUGCGAAUCAGCAAAAGCCCAUCGAGCAGGUCAAGAAACGAAGAGGCCAACGAGUCGUUGACGACCCCGUCACAGGCGAAAAGGUAAUCAUCAAAGACGCCGAAUUCAAAGGUAUGAAAAUUUCUUCAUCAUUUUCAAAAGGCCCUUCUUUACUAAAACUAUUCCCAGACUUUCCCUCUCAACAGCAACUCGAUCCCAAAUCCGGCGUGCCUGGUCCAGCACUGACUGGCCUAAACGGCGCCGCAAAGAAACUAUUCCACCAAUCUCGAACAGCCCCUAAUCCGGCUUAUCCUUCCAAUAUUUCGCUCCAGCCUUUCCCACCUUCCACUCCACCGUCUCUCGACACGAUUAUGUCAUACUUGUACUAUCUCGAAUACGGAAUCAUCGGCGCAGGAUUCCUCUUGUGGUUCUUCUUGGCCUUUGGACACGGUUUUUGGGUAUUCCUCUUCAGGAGUAUCUUUAUCAGCGCACUGUGCUUUGCCGGGUCUACGGUGGCGAGCUUGGCUCAGCGUAAAUUGGAGCGCGAAGUCGAGAGGGUGCGGUAUGACAUGCAUAGGCAACGUGGAGAGAAAUUUGCACCUCCUACACCCGAAUCGGUAGAGUGGCUCAACGCGUUCACCAAGUUGUUGAUAAGGAUCGUAGCCGACUCGAUUGAGGACGUCAUGCAGCAGUCUCUGCCCAAGUUUGUAGAGGCGAUUAGGAUCUCUGAUAUUGGCCAAGGCACCAACCCCUUCCGUAUCAUUUCUAUGCGCGCGUUGCCGGACCAACCGGGGGAAAAGGAGUAUCCGCGUGAAGAGUGGAUCGACCAGGGUACCAACGAGCUUAUGGAUGCUAGUGAGAAGAGUAAGGGUCAGGAUAUGGACCAGGCCGGUGACUAUGUGAAUUACGAAGUCGCCUUUGCGUAUCAAGCUCUUCCUGGUCAAGGCGACAAACUGCGAGCCAAGAAUAUCCAUCUUCUUCUCGAAUUCUUCCUUGGGUUUGCGGAUUGGGUACAUAUUCCAAUUCCUAUCUGGGUCCAAGUCGAUGGCGUCGCGGGCACUGUCCGUCUCCGAAUUCAAUUCAUCCCGGAGCCACCCUUUGUGCGCAACCUCACGUUUACUUUGAUGGGAGUUCCAGCUGUGGAUGUCUCGGUCACUCCUCUCAUCAAGCGCCUUCCUAACCUCUUGGACUUGCCUUUGAUCUCCAAGUUUGUCAAGAUGGCCAUUGCUGCUGGCACUGCAUCUAUUGUUGCGCCGAAGAGUAUGACUCUGAAUAUCCAAGAGUUGAUGAGUGGUGCCGCCAUUGGAGAUACUCGCUCCUUGGGUGUGUUCAUUAUCCGCAUCCAGUAUUGCGAAGAUCUCUCUGCGCAAGAUAGGAAUGGCAAGUCGGACCCCUACAUUGUCCUUGCCUACGCCAAGGUUCGUUACGGGCUCGUUCACAUCGAGGAAUGGAAACUGACACUGUUGCUACAGUUCGGAAAGCCGCUUUAUAGCACCCGUAUCAUUCUUGGCGAUCUCAACCCUGUUUUCGAAGAGACCGCGUUCUUGUUGGUUACUCACGAAGAAGUCAAGGCCGAUGAAAAUCUCUCUGCUAUGCUUUGGGACUCUGUAAGGUUUAUCUAUCACGUGACGGUCGACGAUGAUCUCAUUGGUCGUGUUGAGAUUCCAGUCAAAGAGUUGAUGGCGAAACCAAACAAGAUGUUUGACAGAGCCGACAAGCUCGUUGGAUUUGAAAACGCCACGGCCAUGUUGGGUAUACUACAUAUUGGAUAUUUCGACAAGGUUCCAUUGAACCGUGCUCUGGAGAGACCACCAGAGAAUCCCCAGCCUGCCAAGAAACCUGCUGCCGCGAUGGAGAUGCACCCGAGAGACAAGGGACCUCGUCCUGCUGCUACCGACCCACCACCGCCAGCCCCUGAUGUGCAACGUACACCUCCAGACCCCAA